AUGAUAUACUAUCAUUAUAGAUGUCGUACUUUGCACAAUACUAUUUGAAUCUAACUGAAAAGCGCGAAAACAUAUAAUCUUGUAGUUCUGUCUUUCGGAAUAAUUUGUAUUUAAACUUAUUAAUUUUUAAUAAAAAAUCAAAAUCAUGACAAGUUUAUUAGAUCUUUGUGAACAAUACUUCGGUGCUCGUGAUUUUUAUGAAGUUUUAAAAAUUCCAAGAACUGCUAAUGACAAACAAGUAAAAAAAGCAUAUCAUCAAUUAUCUCUGCUUGUACAUCCUGAUCGAGUUGAGGAAGAUAUCAAAGCAGAAGCAACAGAAAAAUUUAAAGUUCUUGGACGAAUUCAUUCUAUUCUUAGUGAUAAUGAAAAACGUAAAAUUUAUGAUCAGUCUGGUCAAUAUGAUGAAGAAAGUGAAGAAAUUAUGAUGAGGAAUUGGGCUGAUUAUUGGAAAUCUUUAUUCAAAAAAAUUUCAGUAGAAGAUAUUAACAACUAUGAAAAAAAUUAUAAAGGAUCUGAUAUAGAAAUUAAUGAUUUAAAGCGUGCUUAUAUGGAUAGUAAGGGAGAUAUGGACUAUAUCUUAGAAACUGUUCCUUUCACUAACUGUGAUGAUGAACCAAGGUUACAUAAUAUUAUUCAAGGACUUAUAGAGAAAGGUGAAGUACCAGAGUACAAAGCAUUUACACAAGAAAAUGAUAAGAAAAAACAACGUAGAAAACGUAAGUGGGCCAAAGAAGCACAAGAAGCCGAACGUCUAAAUAAAAUGCUAAAAAUCGAGAACGAGGAAAACGCAGCUGCAAAUAAUUUGGCUUUAGCAAUUCAGAAUUGCAAUGAGGCCCGAGCAAGUCAAUCUGAUAAAUUUUUCGAUUCUUUAAUUGAUAAAUAUGCAAACAUGGCUAAGAAAUCGACAACGAAAAAGAAAAACAUGUCUGUAAAAACUGCAAAAAGUUCGAAAACUUCCAAAAGUUCGAAAUCUCCAAAGAAAACUAAGAGGAAGGCGUAGAAUAAUAUAAUUACUACAUGAAUCUCCCUCCAAGUUAGAAUAUUUGCGCGAUUUUUAUAACUAUAAUUAUUAAUCAUCGAUAAGCGUACCAUUAUCCGGUACAUCAAUUAAAAGAAGACGAAAAUGAUCAUAUGUAAGUUUUGUAAAUUCAAAACGUGUAUAUCGUCUUCUUAAACCAUCAUACUAAUUAUGCGGAUUAAUAAUUAAUUUCUUUAUAAUUUUAUGUAGAUAUAUCAUGUUCAAAUAUAAAAUUGAAAUUAA